ACCAACUCCUCAAAUGCUAUUCUUCUCUCUUCUUUGAUGCCUAUGUCGGAGUACCGGUUGUUCACUCCUGUCUCUCUGCUUGGGGAAGGUGAUGUGUCACAGGCCUGGAUUAUCUUUAUCUGGUUGAGCUGCAGUGCCCAGGAGACGUGCUUGGUCUUGCGGGUCUUGGCUGGCUGUUGCUCCUGUGAGGUGGAAGGGCCUGGGGACGAGGGCAGCAAGUGCCCCGAGACCCCCAGCCCUGCCCUGGGGAGCCCAUGGCACAGGCAGGGUCAGCAGGGAGAGCCCCAGUGCCGCCUGCCCGAGCCCGGCUCUGUGCCAGAGCACUGAAGCCCAUCCCAAGGGCCAGGAAGCUCUGCCAGCGGCCCAAGUGCUGCCUGGGCAGUGAGGGCAGUUCACACCCUGACAUCCCUCACAGGGAAUCCAGCCUUUCAUGGAUAGUCAUUUAGCUUGAGCCAGGACUCUCCUCCCAGUUCAGAGACUGGGAGUUUGAGGUUUUUUGGAGUUUUUUUGUUGUGGGGUUUUUUGGGUAUUUUUUCCCUGCUAAGCAGAAUACCUCAUUCUCCUGAUGUUUGGAGUCAGAAUCUUACAGGGAAAGUAAAAGCACUCAAGAAACUUGACUUCUGGAAUUUGCAGUUCUUCUACAAUAUUAUGAGAACAUCUGUAUAAAAGACAGGUCAAGAAAUUCAGGUCAAAUCAAAAAGAUGCAAGUUUCAAUGUAUCAUUCAUGAUCAUUGGCUUUCUGAAGGCAAUUCUGCCUGUGCAGAAUGUGCCUUUCUAGUAGGCACAGAAGAGGACACACCUUCUCCAUUUGUAGAACAAGUCCCAGCUAUCCAUUUUGCCUUCCCAGCAAUUUUAAAAGAGUCCAUCAAACCACUUUUUUCCUCUGAUAGUUAAAAUUGCAGCCCAGGAUAGUUUGGGACAGUACAGAUCGUGCUGCCUGCUGCGCCUCAGCAGGCAAUGGUGGGUUUCUGUCUGGAGUUUAAUGGCCUCAGUCCUCCUUUGGAGUCUCUGGUGUGCCAAUGGUUCAGAGAUCAGCCCACACCGGGGCUAAUUUUCCAUCCUGCUGCUGGGCAGCACUGCUGAGGCAGCCAGGGAUGGAAGGGGCUCUAGGAAUUCCCUUCCCAAGUCCAGCUGAAGCUCAGGAAGUUUUUUGCAGCAUCUACAUCACCUGGCAAGGUCUCCAACUUUUCCUGGCUUCAGCUCAGUUUCUGCUCUGCAGGAGAUGUUUGGCAAGCAUUGAAUUGGAGCAGCCUGAGCUGUUGGAUCCUCCUGUCACUUUUUGUCAUCAUGUGCUGUGUCAGACACCUGCCAUUGAUGGGUCACUAUCUGAGUGUUCAGAAACAGGAGAGGGAUAUAAGUGAACAUUUUUAAGCUGGAUGGAAACAGCAGCUUGAAUUUAUUCAACAUUUUGGCACAUGCCAGGGCAGCUCUGACAGCAUCCUCUGCCUUUUAGUGAUGCUGGGUAAGCACAUGAAUCUUCAGUCUCUUACUCAUUUUUCAGCUGCAGACACCUAAGUGUGUUGCUUCCUGCAUCAGCUCUUGUCCCUGUAAAACCAACAGCCUGUCUCUGAGUCUUUUGCUUUGUAGUAAAUGAUAUUAUUUAUUUCACAGUUUAGUUCACGUACAUUUCCCUCUUUCUCCCCUCCCUGUUUUGGAGAGCUGAGUGAUCUAAUAACUUGAAGGUGCACCAGGGGUGUAUUCCUCUACUCAAGAAUAGAGUAUAGGAGAGAGGCAGAGUUGUCUCCUCGGGGCACACGUACAAACACCGUGUCCCUGACGGUCCUAGCCAUGUUUGGCAGCGGUGCUGCCAUCGCCCUGGGAUGGCUCAGUGCCACACUUGAAAGGGAAAAGACGACAUGACAGCCAGGAGGGCUCCGAACAGACUGGUAGCUCAAAGCUAUCGCAGCUUUAUUAAGGUGUGCCACCCUUAUUUAUAGGGUGGGAGGGGAAGGUUCCAGAGACCGGGGAGGAGCAUGGGACAGGCAGGAAUAUAGACCAAUCAGAAGGGAAAGGAGGGAAUAAGGAAAGAGUGGGAGCCAGUAGGGGAAACAUCUGCAAUGCAGCAGAUUAUAACCAAUCAGAAAAUAGGUAAUAAACAUGAAGGGAAAACUGUGAAAACAUUUGAUGUAAACCGGGGUACAAUACAUUUAUAACUUUUGUUAACAAUUCUGUUCAGUCCUAGUCUGUAAAAUAGUCUCAGUCUUCAUAACUGAACACUGAAUGCUUAGAAUCCAUGUCCUCCUCUGUCGCCGCUUCAGCUAUGGUCUCUCGCAGCUGCCUUCUCCACCUUGCAAACUUCUCCUUUUCCUCCUCCGUGCUCCCCGCAGCUCAGUUUCCAGCUCAGACUCAGUGCAAGGGUUGCCUGCACGUUUCUUGCUGCGUUCUGCUCACACCUUUGGCUGCUGUGAGCUCCAUGUGGCUGCCUCGAGUAUGACCUCAUGCCUUAUCUGGUUCCCUGGUGACCCAGGUGCCCAGGCUCCACUUUGGAACCCCGCUGUUGCCCAAGGAACUCGGCAUUUGGGUGCUAGGUCUGGGGUCAUGGGGUGGUGGUGGGUGGCCCUGAUGCUGGUGCUGGUCCCCUGGCGCCCUAGAAAUGCUGGUUUGUGGCUGUGGGUGGCCCUGGUGCUCUGCCUCCCUGGGGUGCACUCCUGCCUGCUCUGCUUUGGGCCCCCCAAAAUGCGGGAACAGCUCUGCCGUGAGAUUACUGGGGCCUCUGCCAAUAACCCCAAAAAUAAAAAAUGCCAAGAGGACCUUGUUGAGGCUGCUAAACCACUUGCCUCUGUCUCUGUGGGGGCCGGGCAGCAUGACGAACUUCGAGACAUUGUCUUGGAUGCUCUGUAUUAUGUAGAGGAGCAAAAGAACAAGAAGCCCUUAAACAAGUCCCUGCAGGAAGCUGUCGACACAAUCUGGGUGAAGCUGAGCCGGAUGACAAAAGUUCCAGCCUGCGUCCCACCCUGUGGAUUCCAGCCCGAUGCCCGUGUCUUCCAGUGUGCUACCUGUCACUUUGCGGACUGCGAGUUUCCCCUGGACUGCCCAGUGCAGGACCUGCAGACCUACACGGAUGAGACCAUCGUGCUGCUCUGUGACGUGCCCUUCUCCUUCCCCGGCAGCCUGCCCGUCACCUGGAUGUAUGUCCCAAAUCUGCGCACACAGGACGUGUCACUGUUCAAGGAGCUGAAGGGGAAUCCAAAGAACCCCUCCAGCCUGACCAUCGAGGAGCCCGCUCCAGGAACUGUUGCCUGUCGCCUGGGGGAAGUUUCCAAGCCCUUUGUCCGCAAGUUCUUCUACCUCAAUGUGUCAGAGGGGAGCGUGGAGGAAGAGAGAGGGCUCCAGGCUGUGUUCAGUACUGUGCUGCACUGGCUCCACAACGAGACCCCCCUGGUUCCCGUACCAACAAUGGGGCUGGCACUGGGAGUUGCCUCCAUGGCGCUUGUGCUGCUGGUGGUGGCCCUGUGGCAAUGUGCCCGCUGGACAUCCCGCAGGCGUGAACAACAGGGAACCCCGGAGGAUUCCGGAUCCCCGGAUUCACCCUUGGGACCUUAACACAUGGAUUCAUCCCCAAGGACCAACAUUUCUGCAUUUGGUUUUCUUGUGCUGGUUGUGCAAAUGGGAACAGUCUAGAAACAUAAAUACAGAGUUCUGAGAAUCUGGAUUA